AUGCCAGGUAUUGAUGUAUCGCCAUUAGGGCGUCGACGAAAGCGUGGGACGUCGAUUGUGCCUUCUUUACCUGCGAUUUUCUCAACUGGACAAGAUGGUCGUCGCCGCGAAAUGGUGCACGCGACAAACGGAGUUUCAGAAAUCCGUUUGCCAUCGAUUGACAGUGCCCGAAAGAAUUCGCAACCACAGGAACACGACCAGAGUUUUGGAUUUACCACAAACCCAGUAUUCCCUAAAGACAGUUCUAGUUAUGAGAACACCACACCGCCGUAUCUGAGGCGGGAGCCUCACCGAAGUCAUGGCGGGGGAGUGCCCGCUAUUAAAUACAGAGGAGCAAACGCCUCAUCUGUUCACGAUUGGCUACAAACGGUCGAGAGUUCAACGGUGCUGGAAGAUGGGCUACCUGAGUCCAUGGACGAGUCGAAGAUGAGCAUGGCGACUUGUCCUGUGUUUCCCGAGAGAGUCAUGGAUGACCAGUUGGACGACCUUAGCCCUCUCCCGCCCAUUGAACACAGAAACCGUACAAUGAAGCGAGAUCCAGUGAGGACUUAUCGGCGUAUCUGUAAGCUACAGAAGGUCACACCUGUGGAUAAAUUCAUAAAACAGAUCUGGAAAAGUGAGAUCGAGUUGAAAAACCAUCUUCUUGGGCCGGCUGACAUCAAGGGCAUUGCUAUAGCCUUAGCGAUCCACGCUAAAGUUCGCGAACUGGACGUUUCCGGUAACAACAUAGGAGCCCGGGGAUCGGGUUAUUUAGCUGAGACUUUACAGGCUGUGUCUCAGAUCAAGGUUUUGAUCAUGGCCGCCACAUUCCCAGACGUGGACGGCUGUAAAUAUUUGUCAAGGGCUCUUCUAAACAACGACUGCUUGAGAAUACUCAAUCUUGCUGAAAAUAACCUUGGUGAGCAGCAUGCCGUACAGCUUUGUGGGUUCAUAAAGGAAACUCGGACAUUACGAGAGCUGUAUUUGAACCACAACCGCCUGGAUGAAGCUGGGGGACGGGUUAUAGGAGCCGCCUUAGCUGGGAAUAAAUCUAUACAAAUCCUGGAUCUAACAUGGAACCAUUUACGGAGAAGUGGAGCGGAGUCUAUUUGUAGAGCUCUUAAGGUAAAUACAACCUUGGAAAAGCUGAACGUUUCGUGGAAUGGCUUUUCGACAGAAGGUUGCAAAUGUCUGUCCAAAAUCUUGCCGAUGAACGACACGUUACGUCAUCUGAAUUUGUCAUCCAAUCGCAUCAACUCCCGCGCUUUGUUGUUCUUCCUAAAAGGUCUCGUGAAGAAUGAAGGAAUUACAUCUUUGAAGAUAGGUAAGAAUCCUUUUACUACGGAAGCCGCCAUAACCAUCAUCGAAACUCUGACCGCCUGUGACUACUGUAGCGUGGACGAUCUGGAUAUCUCGGACGUCCCUGUUGAUGACGAAUUCUUGGAGGCCGUGGAACGAUUACGCGAGAAAAGGAUCAUGUCUAUACGCCACGGCCCUCUCUAUCGUCUUGAGGAGGUGAAACAGGGAGAGGUGUCUAACACCCUGGGUCUGGAGAGGUUCGAUCCCGUAUCGGUUCUUUACGAGUACAUGAAACAGGACAGCAUGCGCCUGGUAGACAUGUUCCACUACUUCGACGCAGAUCAGAAUGGUUAUAUAUCGCUGGCAGAGUUACGGGAAGGUUUCUCUAACGCUAACAUCCCACUGACGGAAGAUGGACUAGAGCAGUUGGUGAAGAAGAUUGACAAUGAUAAGGACGGGAGGAUCGAUUUACAGGAGUUGAUGGUUGGUCACCGGAAGUUUAGUCGCUCUGUCGCGGAAAGGAAUCGCAUUGCCAAAAUUCAUCACAAAACAGAAGACAGCUCAAUACGAGACCUGAGGGAAAUCAUUAGAAAAUUUCUUGCCGAAAGAAACGAAAAGUUCAAAGAGACCAAAUCUGAUGCUGAAGCCAAAACAGGCACGCUGAAGAAUGCACAUAGGCCCAGUCAAUCUGGGACCGCCAAAUCUCGCCGAAUCUCGCGACGCUCAAGACCCUCAACUAUCAAACCGCCGUUGAUAUCUAAUAGUAUUGUAGAGGAAGCAGAUGAAGACGUGUCUAGUUAUCUCCACACAAUUCACUGACCCAAGAUGUCAUAUCAAGUGACAGAAAAGAUCAAUAGACUUAGUGAAUGCAUUUCUUGGGCCCAGUUGUUCAGAAGAGUAUUAUUACGUAAGCCCGGUAUUAACUUAGGUCCAGACUUCAGUACUAUUUACUUUGUAUUAUGACGAGACUUGUAUUAAGAUUUUAGCUUAGCUGAGCUUUAAUACAGAUUUGAAAAAACUGGCCGUUAUAGGCUACAUUUAGACAUCGUGAGAAAGAAUUUUGGGUAGGUCACACCUUUUUCUCCUGGGAGAAUGCAUCACCAAGAACUACACUGAUGGUGCGACCAAAUGUCAUGAACUGUGCUUAGUGGAUUAAAUGGACAACUUGAGAUGUACAUGCGCAUAAUUUUCCACUAUUGUGGAGGUAUUUGGGAAUCUGGACUCUAGGACGUGCCGUAUACACUUGUCACAAGGAAUAGUCUCUAACUAUCUAUAUGUCGUUCUUCAGUGAAUACCAGGAUCAGCCCGUAUGU